GUGGCUGAGUCAACUGAGCUACCGGGUGUCAAAUGCAACGAACCAGUACUUGCAACAGUAGAAGUUGAUUCCCAGCAUAGAUUCCGACCUUUUUAUGUCCGACUCCACCGUUGUGAGGGUUCGUGGAAGGAGGUCAAUCCGAAAAUCAAGAGGUGCGCAGCCACUGGCCAAAAGGAAAUCAACAUAAAAGUGUUUUCAUUUGAGAGAAACAGAUAUGAAUUUCAUCGUGUGUAUAACCACACAAGCUGCGGUGCAGAGUGUACGACAGGUGGCCCAGAUAAAUGCGACCUUCGGGUGGAGAGGUGGAAUGAAGAAACCUGUAAAUGUGACUGUGAGUUUGACGACGCACCACCACCUGACGUCAUGAAACGAAAGAAAUACUCUAGGUGAGAACUCAUAUAUACAGUCAAACCUCUAUUUACCUGUGUGUUAUGCGGCCGCUUGUCAAAUUCAAGUUCACCGUUUAUUUGACCUGUAUUUAGUGGUCAUCUCCAUCAGGUAGGAGCGGUCACCUUCUAGAAUUUUAGUUGGAUAAUAGUGCAAUGUUUUGACAAGGUAAACAAAGCAAUUCCACUUGUUAAACACCUUAUAAAACAUAAAAAGAGGCAGCGUGGCCGUGGCACGCUCUGGCCACUUGCUGGAGUUGUUCGCGGUCGUUCCGAGCUCAAAUCCUCCACUACGCUUGUAAAUAACCAACUGGUUGCCUUCUGUUAGAAUGCAUCUUUUAUAGAGGCGGUCAUCUAACUAUUUCGCGAGGAUGACCGACUCUAUGUUACAAACGGAAGUACACUAGGAGGUUACUUGUGGAUCGGCUUCCUUGGGUUCAUAUACCGUAAAUCCUCUAUUAAGCCCCCCUCUCAAAUAAGCCCCUCUCUCUAAUAACCCCCUUCCUUUAAGAAGCUCCCCCUCUCUUUUAAGCCCCCCUCUCUUCAUCCCUAUUAUUCUUCAAUAAAAAAAAUGAUAGAAUGUAUUCACUGUAGACUGUAAAACCUCGUGUGGACUGAUCCAGGAUGAAUUACUCACCACCUGGAAGCUCGGAUUUGUUAUGAUCUUUGGCGGCAUGACCUUCAACCUUUUGUACUUCAGCGUUUCCACUUUGCAUUCUAUUUUUUAAUGGAGAACUGAUGCCAUUGCCUUAGCUAAACUAAAUAAGCCCCCUCUCUCAAAUAUGCCCCCCGUGUCUACUAGCCCCACUUCAAAUGGGCUUGAAAUAAAUAAGCCCCCCGGUAAGACGAUUUUACGGGAUUUAAAUAUUACUUUCCCACUCGUCGCUCAUGCGUUUUCUACCACUUCACUACGUGUCCAUUUUACGCUAUCUCUAACACCUGUGGAGAUUUUUGGUUUUAGUAUUUUACAAGAUAGCGUUUUCUCUCGCUCGGUCACAUUUUUGCCCAGAAAUAAGCUAUUUCCGAGUUUCAAAAACUCUUCCUUAGUUUUAAAACGAGGCAACUGCAAAACCUGUCGUGUGAAAAUGAGCUUAAGACAACGCAGUUGAGGCAGCUCGAAAUUGACCUACUCAUCUCAAGUUGCCGUUCUAGCCACUCCCGUUCGAGUUGCCGAGAGCUCCAAGAGUUUCAGUCCCAAUCCAGAUGGAAGGAUUAGAGCCAAUUCGUUACAGAGAAGUGAUCAUAAGUGGAUCUAGUUGGAAUUAGAAACGGGGCUCCCUGUUUUAUCGUUUCCUCCUUUUUUUUCUCCUUCUCAUUUCAUGGACGUGUGCUUUUUCCUCCCUCAGGUGGAAUAAACACCUUUGUAAAUAUCAAUGCAAUCUAUCGCCAUCUGGCUGCCCACCAAAAGAGGUAAGACGGCCUUAUUAAAUGUUAGAAAUUUUACAACUUAAAGCCCGUUUUAGUGGCCUGCAUCUUCCAGAAUAACAGUAAAUUUUCGGAAAAGCGAACAUGAUCUUCACAGUAGAAUGAACCAUGAAGCUAAGCGACUGAAAAUAAUUAUUAACCCCAAAGGAGUUGCUUGUUCAGCAGCUCAGUAUUUAUCUUAACAUUUGUAACCCAUUUAGGUAGCUUCACACCAAUAGACGAAAACUGGAAUACAACCGGGUGAUUACAGAACUGCUAUAACACAAAAUCUGUACGGGGACCCAAUUUCACUUUAUUAAAACAAGCGGGAGCGGGUCGGACAGACGCCUGUCUAAAUAACCGGUCAUUAGCGAUUAUUUCUGCCUUUCUUCGGUCAUUUUCGUUGGUUCUUUAUAAUCGGGAAAUCCUCUCUUAACGCCGAAAGAAGAUCCCAAAGAUGUCCAUUUCAAUGACACUUUACUGUAGUUGCUGUUGCUCGAGUGAGGUUCGUUUAUGCAGAUCCCCUCUGCACCGAUAUCAAACUAAGUGUACUGUAAAAGUGAAAUGAGCUGUAAGUACUUUUAUAUGCUUAUCCUUCUACAGGAAUUGGACGAUAAGACAUGUUCCUGUGUCUGCAAUGUGUUUCACAAGAGUAUCUGCAAGAACAAAAAUGUUCCUCUAAACCCUAAAACCUGUGAAUGUGUUGAGAGUAGUGCAUCACAUGGGAUGUCUAAAGGUAAGUCGAAUCAGUCAUGGCCUUUUUUAAAAAGAUUGCAUAUUCCAAUAAACUUUGACGUUUUCUCGACUGACUGACUGACUGACCUACUGUAUAUCUGGUCAACUACCUAACUAACUAACUAACUGACUGACUGACUGACCGAUGACUAAUUGUCAAAUUAACUAAAUUACCAACUAUCUAACGGACUGACACUAUACAUGCAGACUUGUCAAGGAAAAACUUGUAUAAGAAUGUUAUUUUAUAUACACCUACUACCAAGGAAAACGUGAAAGGAAAAAUUUUAACGUAAAUGAGGUUUAAUGUGCUAUAUGGUUAGACUUGACUUGACCUGCCAAAUUGUAUUACACUUAACUGUCUCUUAUCUCCCUCAACGACGAACAUCGUUGGGUACGGCACUUCAGUUGGUAUUCGCCUUAUAGUGAACCAAACUGGAGGAAGGCAGGUGCCAACUCUAAUCGCUCGCAUUAGGGAUUUGUCCGUCCUAAAGACGUGUUUCUUAAGAGAGAGUCGAUAGCCUGCCUUAAGAGAGAGUCGAUAGCCUGCCUUAAGAGAGAGUCGAUAGCCUGCCUUAAGAGAGAGUCGAUAGCCCGCCUUAAGAGAGAGUCGAUAGCCUGCCUUAAGAGAGAGUCGAUAGCUUGCCUUAAGAGAGAGUCGAUAGCCUGCCUUAAGAGAGAGAGACGAUAGCCUGCCUUAAGAGAGAGACGAUAGCCUGCCUUAAGAGAGAGUCGAUAGCCUGCCUUAAGGGAGAGUCGAUAGCCUGCCUUAAGAGAGAGACGAUAGCCUGUCUUAAGAGAGAGACGAUAGCCUGCCUUAAGAGAGAGACGAUAGCCUGCCUUAAGAGAGAGUCGAUAGCCUGCCUUAAGAGAGAGACGAUAGCCUGCCUUAAGAGAGAGACGAUAGCCUGCCUUAAGAGAGAGACGAUAGCCUGCCUUAAGAGAGAGACGAUAGCCUGUCUUAAGAGAGAGACGAUAGCCUGCCUUAAGAGAGAGACGAUAGCCUGCCUUAAGAGAGAGUCGAUAGCCUGCCUUAAGAGAGAGUCGAUAGCCUGCCUUAAGGGAGAGUCGAUAGCCUGCCUUAAGAGAGAGACGAUAGCCUGCCUUAAGAGAGAGACGAUAGCCUGCCUUAAGAGAGAGUCGAUAGCCUGCCUUAAGAGAGAGUCGAUAGCCUGCCUUAAGAGAGAGUCGAUAGCCUGCCUUAAGGGAGAGUCGAUAGCCUGCCUUAAGAGAGAGACGAUAGCCUGUCUUAAGAGAGAGACGAUAGCCUGCCUUAAGAGAGAGACGAUAGCCUGCCCUAAGAGAGAGUCGAUAGCCUGCCUUAAGAGAGAGUCGAUAGCCUGCCUUAAGAGAGAGACGAUAGCCUGCCUUAAGAGAGAGACGAUAGCCUGCCUUAAGAGAGAGACGAUAGCCUGCCUUAAGAGAGAGACGAUAGCCUGCCUUAAGAGAGAGACGAUAGCCUGCCUUAAGAGAGAGACGAUAGCCUGCCUUAAGAGAGAGUCGAUAGCCUGCCUUAAGAGAGAGUCGAUAGCCUGCCUUAAGAGAGAGUCGAUAGCUUGCCUUAAGAGAGAGUCGAUAGCCUGCCUUAAGGGAGAGUCGAUAGCCUGCCUUAAGAGAGAGACGAUAGCCUGCCUUAGGAGAGAGUCGAUAGCCUGCCUUAAGAGAGAGUCGAUAGCCUGCCUUAAGAGAGAGACGAUAGCCUGCCUUAAGAGAGAGUCGAUAGCCUGCCUUAAGAGAGAGACGAUAGCCUGUCUUAAGAGAGAGUCGAUAGCCUGUCUUAAGAGAGAGUCGAUAGCCUGCCUUAAGAGAGAGACGAUAGCCUGCCUUAAGAGAGAGUCGAUAGCCUGCCUUAAGAGAGAGACGAUAGCCUGCCUUAAGAGAGAGACGAUAGCCUGCCUUAAGAGAGAGACGAUAGCCUGCCUUAAGAGAGAGACGAUAGCCUGCCUUAAGAGAGAGACGAUAGCCUGCCUUAAGAGAGAGACGAUAGCCUACCUUAAGAGAGAGACGAUAGCCUGCCUUAAGAGAGAGACGAUAGCCUGCCUUAAGAGAGAGACGAUAGCUUGCCUUAAGAGAGAGACGAUAGCCUGCCUUAAGAGAGAGUCGAUAGCCUGCCUUAAGAGAGAGACGAUAGCCUGCAAAGCAGGCGUAUUUUGCAGCGCGAGCGAUGACACGAAUGCUCUCCCAGCAUCUUGGAUGUUGAAGCAGAUAGAGAGUUGGGGGCAGGUCAAAAAAUGAUUCUCAGGGAGCGGACAGUGGGUGACGGCCUGACGAGAUCAAUUUGAUGAGCAAGCUAGACCGUUGACUAUUGGCUAUUGAGAUAAAAGUUUUUAAGUUGCAGAUAUCAAUUCUAGGUAUCUAUCUCUUGCUUUUAACACAAGAUUUAAAGCUCCUGUGGUUUUGUUUUGUUGUUUUUUUUUCACAGGUUCGGUUACCUACGUUGUGAUCGGUACUCUUUUGGCAGUUCUGGUAGUUAUUGUGUUGUUCGUCUGGAAACUCUAUUGCCGGCGUAGAUGCAAAACGUCAAAGUUACUUCAAGGGACUCCUGAGACAUCAUCAGUCGCGGGAUCAGUCGCUACGACCGAUUCA